AAAAAUAUAUUUUGUAUAACAAAAAAAAGACUGAUGUAAAAUAUAUCGGCAACCAUUAAACACGUUCUAGUUAAUAUGGUUGCAUAAGCCGUUCAAACGUCACGUGUACCGUCAUAAUUUUAACCUCAAAUCUUUCCAUCUUUCAUGCUUUCAUGUGUAAAAUUUAUAAAUUUGAAAUUCAAGUUCUAGUUGAUUUGUGAAAAUGGGGAAAAAGAAAGUAGGAAAACAGCGAAAGGAUAAGUAUUAUCAGUUAGCAAAAGAGACAGGAUUUCGGUCAAGAGCUGCCUUCAAAUUGAUCCAGUUAAACAGAAAAUUCGAAUUUCUUCAAAAAUCUCGAGUAUGCAUCGAUCUAUGUGCCGCUCCUGGAGGAUGGAUGCAAGUUGCAAAGCAGAACAUGCCUUUGUCAAGCAUUGUUGUAGGCAUUGAUCUUUUUCCUAUCAAGCCGAUUCCAGGAUGUAUAAGCUUAACAGAAGACAUUACGACUGAAAAAUGUAAAACAGCAUUGACCAAAGAACUGCAGACAUGGAAAGCUGAUGUUGUGUUACAUGAUGGAGCCCCCAAUGUAGGUAAAAACUGGUUGCAUGAUGCUUAUCAACAGGCAUGCUUGACUUUGAGUGCUCUAAAGCUUGCCACACAAUUUCUGAGGAAAGGUGGAUGGUUUGUUACCAAAGUCUUCAGGUCUAAGGAUUACAACCCCUUGAUUUGGGUCCUAAAGCAGUUGUUCAAGAAAGUCCAUGCUACAAAACCUCAGGCCUCUCGUACUGAAUCUGCAGAAAUAUUUGUUGUAUGUCAGUUUUAUAUAGCUCCAGACAAGAUUGAUCCAAAGUUUAUGGAUGCAAAGCAUGUGUUUCAAGACCUUGAGAUUGAGCCAAAAGGCAAACUUAAUGUAUUUCAUCCUGAGAAAAAGAAAAAAGAUAAAGCUGAGGGGUACCCUGAAAAUGAUUACACUUUGUAUCGUAAGCUGAAGGCUUCAGAUUUCAUUAAACAUGAGAAUGGAAUAGAUCUUUUGGAACAUGCAUCUGAGAUUGUAUUUGAUGACCCAGAACUGCUUGAUCACAAAAGCACCACAAAUGAAAUAAAGGAAUGUGUAAAAGACAUCAAAGUUUUGGGUCGGAAAGACUUAAAAAACCUACUAGCUUGGAGAAAAACUCUUCAUGAAGAAUAUUUAAAAGAACAUCCUGAGCUAGAGGAAAAGUCAGAGGAAGUUGAAGAAGACUCCAAUACAGUAGAUAAUAAAGAAGAUGAUGAGGAUGAUGAUAUGAAAAAUGUUGACCAAAAAAUCUUGGAGUUAGAAGAAGGAGAAUUGAGGGAUCAGAAAAGAAAGAAGAAAAAAUUACAGAAGGAGCGAAAGAGACUUAAUGACAGGUUGAAUUUGAAAAUGGUGCUAAAGAAUGAUUCCGGCCCAACUAUGGAAGGAGAUGACAUGUUUAGUCUAAAGCAAGUGAAAAAUGCAAAAAAGAUGAAAAAAGUUAUUGACCAGACUCCUGAUGUUUUGGCUGAAUCUGAAGAUGAUUCUGAUUUUGAAAAGAAACCUUUACCUAAGUACGCUAAGUAUGAAAAAGGUGAAGGACUUUUAGACAGUUCUGGAAUGUAUUAUAAGGAUUCUGAUUCUGAACUUGAGAUGGAGAGUGAAGAAGAGGAUAGUGACAUUGAAAAAGAAGGAUUAGGUUUUAGUGAUGAGGAGCUGGAUAUCAAGACUUCUAAAAAGACCAAAAAGGAUAAGAAGGAGAAGAAAUCAUUGAAGGAUCAAGUAGCAGAUCAUCCUCUGAUCACAGAUCUAGAUUUUAGAGACAAGGACAAAAAGAAAGCACAUAAAGCUGAGUUGUGGUUUGAAAGAGAUGCAUUCAAAGAUCUGGCAAAUGAUGAAGAUGAAGAUUUGGACUUUGAUAGGAUGGUGAAAGAGUAUAAAAAGAGGGGAGCAAAGAUCAUUGGUGAAGAAGACACAUCUGAAGAUACAAAACAGACAAAAGGAAACCAGAAAAAGGAAACAAAAGGAGAAAAAAUUGAGGAUGAUGAUAGUGCUUAUGCAUCCAAAGUAGAAGAUGAUGAUACUGAUACUGACAGUACUGAUUCAGAUUCUGAUUAUGAUGUUGAAAAGGUGAUAUCAAAACCUAUCAACAAUGCAAAAAAAGAUGGAUUUGAGGUUGUCAAAAAUGAAGGUAAAAAGAGGAAAUACAAACUUUCAGUAGAAGAGUUAGCAUUAGGUACUGUGAUGAUAAAUAGUAAAAAAGCAAAAAGGGAUUUAAUAGAUGGAGCUUGGAAUAGGUACACCUUUAAUGAUGAUCACCUACCUGAUUGGUUUGUACAAGAUGAACAAAAACACAUGAAGAGGGAGGUUCCUGUACCAAAGGAACUAGUGGAUGAUUACAAUAAACGACUAGAAGAGAUAAAUGUUCGUCCAAUCAAGAAAGUAAUAGAAGCUAAAGCGAGAAAGAAGAAGCGCGCGAUCAGGAAGCUGGAGAAGGCAAAGAAGAAAGCAGAAGCUUUGAUGGAAAACGUUGAUGUCACUGAUAAGGAGAAAGCUAGACAAAUCAAACAGAUGUACAAAAAGGCGAGGCAAGAACCAAAGAAGGAAGUGGCAUAUGUUGUAGCGAAGAAGCACAUGACAGGAAAAAGGAUACCAAGGCCAAAGGGCAUCAAAGGACAUUACAAAGUUGUAGAUCCGAGGAUGAAGAAAGAUGUUAGGGCUCAGAAGAACAAACUGAAGACAAUGGGGAGAGGGAAAAAGGGUGCGAAAGGAAAAGGGGCGAAACCCGGGGGGAAAGCGAGGAGACCUAAGGCUCAGGCUAAAUGAAUUGGUUGAUUGUUGAAGUUUUCAUUGUGUAAAUAUUUCUUAUACAUCCAUUCAUAUGACAUUUGCUAAUGUAUGUUUAUUUUUUUUUUCUAAUAAACGUUAGAUUUCAGAAUA